AGCAGGAAGUGUAUGCAGCUGUAGCGGAGCUGACGGUCCUGGGACCGGGACAGAGAGACUUUAGGAGGACCUAAGUGGAUCUAACUGGACCCACAGAGACCUGUACUGACCCAGGAGACACCCGGGGACACCCGGGGACCAGAGGACACACGUGACAGCAGCAGGUGUUUCCAGGUGUUUCCAGGUGUUUCCAGGAUGGCAGGAGUGUUUGACAUCGACCUGGAGACGGAGGACGUCAGUGAUAACGAGGACGACGUCUGCGACUUCCCUGCUCCAGAACCGGAGAACGUGCAGACGGAGGAGGUGGAACUGACCAGCGAGAGCGUCAACCGAGGUCAAGAGAGAGUUGGACCGGACUGCUUUGAGCUGCUGACGGUUCUGGGGAAAGGAGCCUACGGCAAGGUGUUCCAGGUUAGGAAGGUUCAAGGAGCCCAGACGGGGAAGAUCUUCGCCAUGAAGGUCCUGAAGAAGGCUAAGAUAGUGUGCAACGCUAAGGACACGGCUCACACUCGGGCUGAGAGGGAGAUUCUGGAGACGGUUCGUCAUCCGUUCAUCGUUGAUCUGCUGUACGCAUUCCAGACCGGAGGGAAGUUAUACCUGAUCCUGGAAUGUCUCAGCGGAGGAGAACUGUUCAUGCAGCUGGAGAAGGAGGGAAUCUUCAUGGAGGACACGGCCGGAUUCUACCUGGGGGAGAUCACUCUGGCUCUGGGUCACCUCCACUCCAACGGGAUCAUCUACCGGGACCUGAAGCCGGAGAACAUCAUGCUGAACCACCAAGGUAACCAUGGUAACCAGAACCAGAAUCAUAAUCAGAACCUGCUGAACCACCAAGGUAACCAUGGUAACCAGAACCAGAACUUGCUGAAUCACCAAGGUAACCAUGGUAACCAGAACCAGAACCAGAACCUGCUGAACCACCAAGGUAACCAUGGUAACCAGAACCAUAAUCAGAACCUGCUGAAUCACCAAGGUAACCAUGGUAACCAUCAGAACCAUAAUCAGACCCUGCUCAACCCCCAUGGUAACCAUGGUAACCAUCAGAACCAUAAUCAGAACCUGCUCAACCCCCAAGGACUGCACCAUCUGCAUGGAGCCACUAGGGGGGCCCGUCGGGGCUACAAGGGUCCUGGUUCUGGUCCCAGCUCCAGGGAGGCCGUGGGCCGGCUGGCCCAGUGUGGCCACCAGUACCACGUCCAGUGUCUGCUGGCCAUGUACAACAACGGAAACAAGGACGGCAGCCUGCAGUGUCCCACCUGUAAAACCAUCUACGGGGUGAAGACGGGGAACCAGCCGGCAGGAAAGAUGGAGUUCCACGUGAUUCCCCCGUCCCUGCCCGGACACCCGGACGUUAGGACCCUGAGGAUCAUCUACAGCAUCCCCCCUGGAAUACAGGGCCCGGAGCACCCCAACCCCGGUAAACCCUUCACCGCCAGAGGAUUCCCCCGUCACUGUUACCUCCCUGAUACGGAGCUGGGACGCCAGGUGCUAAAGCUGCUACUAGUAGCCUGGGACCGUCGGCUCAUCUUCUCCGUCGGAACCUCCAGCACCACGGGGGAGUCGGACACCGUCAUCUGGAACGAGAUUCACCACAAGACGGAGUUCGGCUCUAACCUGACGGGCCACGGAUUCCCCGACCCGGGUCACCUGGACAACGUCCUGGAGGAGCUGCGGGUCCAGGGGAUCACCGAGGAGUAGGGGGGGGGGGGGACCAGGACCAGGACCU